UUUGAAGUUGGGCGCGGGCUAAGCGGUUGACGUGAGUUGCUAAGCUAGUGGAAGCGGUGAGUGGAAACGUCAUAGUUGUUUUUAUGAUAAGUAUUUUAUAUGUAAAAGCAUAACCACUGUUUAAAUGUCAGGAGAAAUAUGAGUUUGCAGGGUUUUAGGACAGAACAUUUGAGUAUACUGUUUUCCUAGUAUAAAUGUAUUUGUGUUAUCCAGUCAGAGCAACACAAAUGUACUCGUUUCGUGGUGUAUGGCAUUUGGACAUAUGCUAUCAUAUCGUACUGAAAAAGAGUGUGUUUCCAUUUUAGAAAAAAACAAUUAAACAAGGCUAAUAGGUAAGCAACAUCAGCACCAUGUUAAACGGUCGUCAGUUUGUGGAGGCUAUGGGCCGUCUGGGUUACCCUGAUGCAUCCUCACUGAAGGCCCACGAUUUCGACUGGCUGUUCAACUGUUCCCCGGAAAACCUCCACUUUUUGCGUUUUGUGUGUCGGUCACUAAACCGGGCUAAUGUGCUGACUCUGGAGGAAGCGCGUGAUUUUCAGGAGCUCAGCAAGUCUGGCAGACCCAUUCUGGAUGAAGCAGCCUUGGGGGAGGUUCUGAAAACCAUCGGACCAUCUGAGGAGAACAGUGCAACAUCCAUGUUUGCAGCAGAGACGGGUGUUGCCUUAGAAGACUUGGAACUAGAGCUCCGGGAACUGAAAAAGGAGAAAGAGCUGAAACAACAGCGUUAUAGGAAGCUGCAGGUCGCGGCCACUUCUCGAGCAGACAUUGACUUUCGACUCAUCGCCGAAUCCGAAAGUGCUGCAUCCAAGCUAACUGAGGUCAAAGCUUUUCUUGGAGCUGAGAAUGCAGACACCAACACCGUGUUACAAAGCCUCACGGAUGAGGUGAACCGGCUUGCAUCUCACCUUUCUGUUCAACCGGAAGCCAAGCACAGAGAGAAAAGAGAGUCUUUUAGCAGAAGGCCCACAGCUCUUCUGUCUCAGCUCUCCUUGGAUCCAUUUCUGCACCAAGAAGAGCUCAACACCAAAACACUCUCUGCCUUCACCCGGAGGCACUUCUUCACAGGCAUUUCGGACAUCGUCGAGACUUCUUGUUCCUUUCAGCUGUUGGACCUCAGCUCUUGUGAAAGUGGAGAAAAAGAGAACGAACAGAGCGUUGUGGAUCAAAGGAGAACACAGAUGGCCAGACUUCAGUGGUCUCACAUUGUGGCCCAACAUCAACUAAUACAAACCACUGCAGAGGAGAAAAGCAUCAAGGCCGGCAUAGACUGGCUUGCUGAGAAGUCCUCUUGCAAGAGCAUCUCCAACUCUUCCUUGCUUCAAGUUCGCGAGGUGGUGUCGAGGAAAGAGCUGCAAGUUGUGGAGGCGGAACUCGAAGCUCUGCUCCACGGGCCGGUGCCUGCUGCACUUCGGGAGUCAGCACGGCUGCUUAAUGUGCCUGUUGUGAAGGGAGACCUGGCCCUGCAACUGGCCAGGCAGAACUACAUCACAUCCAGACAAGAUCAAGUACGCGAUGUCCUGCUACGUCAGAAGGCCUCCUUUGACAUCGUUCUUCUGGCCCAGGAAGUGGAGCUGAGGAACUGGAAGGCAUGUCUGAAGCAUCUUAGUGAUAUGAGCAGCCGACUUGUUGAGGAAGGUGAAGCGGUGUCCCUCCGAAUGCAGACUCUGGGGAAUUCUGAGCUGGCAGUGAACACAAGGCCAAGUCAUAUCAUCAGCUGUAAGGACGCUGCAGUGAGCAGACUUCUUCGUAUCCUGGAUUCAACCCAGGGGGCAGCAGAGCCUUUCCAAUCAUUCGAAGCACUGGACAAGGCUGCUUGUGACCUAGCAAACAGCCUCCAAGUGUCUCGUGAUGCGCUUGCAGCUGCCAGCUGGGAGCAGAACUACUCUGUGGCACAACUGGAAGGCCACUGUGAGGCCCUUCAUAGGGCCAUGUACACAGAGUUCCAGCAGCUGGUCUUAGGUCCACAUGCAUGUUCUAUGGCCAUCACUGACCAAGAAAUGCUCUGUCCCAAUUUACAGGAGAUGACCAAAAAACUUGCAGGUGCAGAGUCACAGCUGCAUAGUUUGCAACAGGUCAUGCAAGAAAUCAUGAGUCAGGUGAAAGCCAAACGCUCCCAGCUUGAGCGCAACUCCCUCCUCAGACAGGAGAGGGUUCUCUACAUCUAUUUCCACUUAGACGCCAGACUACUGCGGAAAGUAGUGGAGGAUCUGGAGAACAAAAUGAAACUGAGGAGUGGACAGCAAUAGUGACAUCUGCAAGGAUGAACCUUUUUGUGUUUGUUUUGCUUUGAAUAUUGUUAUGAUGCUUGGUGGGUUUUUUUUUUUGUUUGUUUUGGCUGUAGUUUCCGAGCUUUCUUGUAUUGUCUUUUUUGGCAUAUGUCAUCUAAUCAAUAAAGUACAACA